ACUGAGGGCCACAGAAGGGAAGUUAAAUAAAUGGAAGAGAGCAGUACCUUCUUAGAUAGAAAAACUCUUCAACUACUUACCUAAAUUAAUUUAUUGCCCUUUAAUUUUUUACAACAAGCAUGCACCAGUUUGUAAAGAGGUAUAACAAUAAAACUUUCCUUAAGGGAAAGAUAAUGAGUAAAUCUUUUUAUUUUCAUGGAAUGGAGAAAACCUUUCUAAGCAUCAGAUGAAAGCUAGAAACCAACCAUAAGGGAAAAUAUUGAUAAAUUGGCUUUUCAAAAUAGAAUCUUUAUGCUUUUGUUUUAAAUAACUCCAAGUAAAAGAUAAAGCACAAAAAGUGGAAAUACCUUUGUAAAAUUUGUGAUAUUAACAUGUAGUAUGUAAUAUACAAAGAGAUCUUACAGUUAAGAGAAAUUCUAAAACCCAGCAAACAAUAGCAAGCAGCUUUUUAAAAAGAUAAAAAAGUGACUAAUGAAGAUGUUCAGUCUCAGGAGUACUCUAAGGAGUAAAAAUUAAAAGCAUACAGUCACACAUAGUAAGCCCUCAAAUCUCUGUCCCACAUCAAGAUGAACACAGACUCUCAUAGACACACAGUAUACCCCACAGCACCCCCUUUCCCCACACCUGCUCCUGCACUCUCUGUAGCUCGGAAGACCAGUGUUGGCUGGGAGAACUGUCUUGUGUACCUCAGAGGAACCACUCCUGGCAGAAAGCUAAUGACAUGGUGUAGCACCUCAGCAGAAUGUCCAGGACCACUGUAUAAGUGACCUCUCCCCGCCCCCAACUCCAGCUUCUGGAAGCUGCACAUGGGUGGAGGCAGACCCUGGCAGCCCCCGAACACAGGAGAGCAUAGUCCUUCACCCAACCAUCUUGGCCUACUCCUUUGGGCAGUUGUAGACCACACAAACCCAGAAGUGCCUCAAGCCAUGAAUCCAUGUUCUUUAUUUACUUACAGAAACACUGAAACAGAGACAGAUGGCACUGCCCCUGGUCACACAGCAAUCAGUGGCUGAUGUGUCCCAUUACCCAGGCCAGAGAAGAGGGUAGAAGGCCGUGGCUCAUCCCACCCCUCCUAGGUCAUGAAUAUUCUCCAGCUGGUCUCUGGAUGUGACAGGAGAGAUGGGGACAGGAAGUCCUGCAGUCCUGGCUCCAGGUGGAGUCUUAGCACCAUCUCUGCUGUGGCAGGACCAAGGCAGGGACUCUAGGAGGGCUGAGAAUCACUGAGGACAAAACCUAUCUUCUGGAUCUGCCCCCAAAUCCUGUGUGAACUUGGGCUCUGGGUCUUAAGGCUAUUGAUCUGCAGGGUUGGCACUGGACAUAGGGCGUAAGGCCCAUCUCACCCAGACGGCUCCUGAGAGUUUUCUCCCUCUCUGUAGCUUUGUUACUAUCCAUGGUAGGUCAUCUGCUCAGAUCCCAAGGAUACGAGGGUGAAUAAAGCAGGUAACUGCAAAGUCUCGUGAAGUCAUGUGGACCCUAUGGCCCAGAAGUCCUGACACCUUGUAGCCUCCAUGUUCACUACUCCAGUGAAGAGCUGCCUGGGUCCAGUGGGGGCCUUCCAGAGACUAAGAAGAGCCAUGGCACUGGAGACCUCGAAAAAGCACUUCUUUCUCAUCAGGAGCCAUGAGCCUGGAAGGGUCAGGAUUAAAUCAAGUGUCUCUCAGUCCAGGUAAACAUGUUCCAUCUCUGCAGCACAGGGCACCCUUCUGCCCAGGCCUGUCACACUGGAAGGGACCUCAGAAAAUACCUGAUCCUGCCCUGCCCAGAUCAGGAGGGAAAACAGGCUCAGAGGAAACAUGGCUGAUGCAGGGCAUUCAGCAGGUCUGGGAAGCCUGGCGAGCAGAGGCCCAAUCAGGGAGGGAGGGUGUGUGCAAUGGGUGGAGGCAGGGCUUCUGUGACAUCUGGUCAGGGUGGGGGUGGGGUGGGGUGGGGGGGCGGAAAGAGACAGCACAGCUCCCCCUGGGUGGUAGCCCUGUCCUUGUGGUGGGGCUGGGGGUUCUGAGAAGAGGCUCGUAAGAUGUUCCUCUGACCUCUCCGCCUCUGACAUCCCCGUUCCUCACAGACCAUAGCCCCGCUCUGCUGUUCUUUCUCCUGACAAGGAACUGAGGACACCCCUUCCCUUAGACAGUCCACUCAGUUCAACUGAACAUUUGUGGGCCCAUCCACAGGCCAGGGUUUCCGAAGUGCCCGGGGACUCCGAGAGGAGCGAACUUUGGUCUUCUCCUCCGCGACCUCCCUGCAGCCCCUUCCGCCUUCUCUCGGGCCCCAUUCGCACCACAGACCACGUGGUCUCAGCAAAUCCCACACCUCACAGGGUUCCUGGGGCUUCCGCCCAGGGUCUGAGCCCGCUCUGCUGGGGCCCGGCGUUCUCCGCCUGCUCCUGGGCUUCCCGGGCCUGAGUCCCACUCCGGCUCUGGUUUCCCACCCUCCCCUCCCUGCUCCUCAGCCCCUGCCCUGCGCAGGUCGGUGCUCAAGUGUUUCCAGUGCCCCUGAAGCGUGCCCCACCCCCCCUCCCGGCCACUGAAAUCCCACCCACACUCAGCCGAAGCCCAGCCUCCAGGAAGCCCUCCCAGCGGCGCGGCCGAACGCACCUUCUCGCCCCUCUCCUCGGCUCGCCAAGGUAAGGGGUCCUCCUGCCCAGGGUUUGACGCAUCUGCCGGCCGUGCUGGCCGGGCCUCCGGGGCCCACCUGCUGCAGGUGGGGGCCUGAGGCUCUGGGUCCCAUCCGUCCUGGGCCAUAGACGUGCGGCGCUGGCAGCCGGUGGCCGCCUCCAGUGGUUGCCUCCCGUCCUGUCGCCCUUGGGCGCGCGCCUUGUCGCCCUGGGACUCUGUUUUGGCCUCGAAGUGAGAGAGAGCGGAGAGGACGGGCCUGCGCGUCCAGGGCUUGGAGGCCGGCGCUGUGGGCACGAGGAGCCAGCCAUUAAGACGCACAGACCGCCAGCUUGGCCCCUGCUGCCCCCGGCGGCCGGUCCGCUCACUGCAGGGCGGGAAGAAACGAACUAGGAGCGCGAGGUUGCCCGGGUUCCCUUGUUGCGGGCCGGCUCUCCCUGCUCUGGUCCUGAGGAGUCUUCCGGGCGGAGCCCCGGGGCAGCCGGUCUGAGCCCUUGACGGGGAUCUGGACAAAUUGGGGACCCAGGGUCUGCGUGACAAACUAAUUCAUUCCUCAAACCCUGGAACCAGGUGGCUCAGGCACUUCAUUGACUGAAAACCAUGAGUGAAGAGAAGGAAGAGGGCUCGUUUGGUGUGCUCCCAAUUUAUGAUGAGCCUGAAAAGAGGAGGGACGUGCCAGAGAGCCCUGAUGCUUCCUCCCAACCGGAGCACCGUGCGCGGUCUCAGCUGGGCGAGGUGUGCAGUCCCCCGGAGCAGCCCCUGGGCUCCCCGAGCCAGCACGGCCCAGCUUAUCAAGAGAUGACCUGUGCGAGUCCCCAGCAGUGGGCCCCCCAGGCCCUAGAUGGAUCCGAGCUGCCAGCCACUCGGCUCUCCAAGGCAGAAUCCGAAGAUGCAGCGUGUGGUUUCAACCCCCCACCAGGAGCGGAGUUUGGUCAGCCUUGUCCUUCGCCUGGUCCCAGUGAAGAAGUCUUGUCAUUCCUCAGAGCAAUUCCUCCCGUUCCAGAUGACGUGGUGGUUAGGCAGAGGGCCCCACAUAAGUCCUGGAAGGUCGGCCGACUCCGCCACGGGAAGAAAGUCUAUGCAGUGGCCGUCAGUGGCUCCACUCACCACGUGUACACGUGUGGCCACGGCUACAUCAGAGUGUGGGAUGAGAGUGCCCUGCAUGCCUGGGACCGGGCGCCCCAGGCCCAGCUCAACUUCCAGGACCGUGACAGCUGUGUCUUCACCUGCAAGCUGUUCCCCGAUGAGCGGAGCCUGAUCACGGGGGGUCUGUCCCAGACCCUGACGCUUUGGGACUUGGCACCCACCCCCCGCGUCAGGGCACAGCUGGCCUCCACGGGCCCCGUGUGCUAUUCCCUGGCGCUCUCCUCCAACGCCCAGAUCUGUGUGGCUUGUUUCAAAGGAUUUGUUGAAAUUUGGGAUUUGCAGAACCAAAUCUUGAUCAGGAAGCAUGAAGUCCCCAUAUACGGAUCCCAGUGUGUGGACAUCACGGGCAAUAAGUUCUGGACGGGAGGUGAAGACACCAAACUAUACUCCUGGGACCUGAGGAGCUACCAGAGGCUGCAGCAACAUGAUUUACGGCAUGAGAUCCUCAGCAUCACCCAUGACCCGAGUGAGGAGUGGUUGUUAGUAGGCUUGAGAAUGAGUGACAUCGUAAUCGUGCACACACACCGGAAGGAAAAGUUUAAGGCUGUCCUACAGAAAUACAUCUACCAUCACAAUCUCAAGUUUGCCUCCUGUGGGAGCUAUUUUGUGGCCACAAUGAAUGAGACGAUCCGCUGCAUAGCUGCACCUUCUCUGCAUAGAUUGUUUCAGGUAGAGGAGUCCGCACACAUCCUGUGUUGUGACAUAUCUUCUGACAAUCGGUAUCUAGUCACGGGCUCCAAGAAUAGUGCCACGGUUUACCAGCUCUUGUAUUGAAGUUCCCACUGGUGAAGACCCAAAGAAGACCAGUGUGCUGGGAGGGUGAUCUUGGGGUGCUGGGCCACUCUGACACCUGCUACUCCCCCUGCUUCUCCUCAUGGGUUGGUUAUCUGUCCAUUCCCCUCUUGCCCAGCACAUGCCUAGCCUGCUCUCCAGGUUUUUAUUAUACAACUUAGGGAUUUUUCCUUUGUUAUUUUUCUACCACUGGUUUCUGGAUUUUGUAAUUAAUAAAAGAGAA